AUGGCAGAGACUGAAUGCCUUUUGAUACUAAAGGAGUGGACAGGCGUUGAAGACAGCCUUGAAGAGAGUGACAGAGCAAGGAACCUCUUGCGCAGGGUGAUUGAGAAGCAGACGGAAAUGCAAAGGAAGAAGAGAAGGGGAGGGAGGAGAGGAGACGAGAGGAGAUGGGCGGCGCGAGGAGGGAUGGGAUUAAUUUUAAAGGGGAGGGAGGCGGUUCCUGGAUUGGACUGGGCUGGGCAAGGGCCGGGCCUGGGUUGGACGUGGAGAACCGCCAGCAACCAGGCACAUAGCAGGGGCCUUGGCUUCCAUGUCGACCCAGUCCAGCGAGCCUCGACAUUCACCCGACAUACUCGAAGUUACCGCAGUAUGGAGUGCGCCAGUCAACAGGUUACGGGAGAGGCCCCGUGUGGCCGCCGUCUCCCCACCAUAACUUCACCCAAGGAACAGAACGGAGAGCCACAGCAGAAUUUAUCCUCUUCUCUUACUCGCGAUAUUCACCAGUUUUGUGCUCAGCGGAUUCCUGUCUGUUGGAUGUCGGUUGCCAUGAGGCGUAUGGGAACCGAUGGUUGGAUAAAAGCGCUGCUGGGCGGGUAA